AUCGUCCCCCUAGUUGUGCCAUGCGCAGUGACGGUUGUUAUUGUUGAGCUGGUUGUUAUGGCUGGACAAGGCCUCGGACUAAACUGAAAGAGGUCCCCCCCCUCGCACCACCCCGUCUCCGUUACGGGACACCCGCCACCCUAUGGAGGGCACGGACAUGGACGUGGACGCGGAGCUCAUGCAGAAGUUCAGCUGCAUGGGCACCACGGACAAGGACGUCCUCAUUUCGGAGUUUCAGAGGCUGCUGGGCUUUCAGCUCAACCCAGCCGGCUGCGCCUUCUUCCUGGACAUGACCAACUGGAACCUGCAGGCUGCUAUUGGUGCAUAUUAUGACUUUGAAAGUCCCAACGUCAACACGCCAUCCAUGUCCUUUGUCGAAGAUGUGACAAUUGGGGAAGGAGAGUCUGUUCCUCCAGAUACACCGUUCACAAAGACCUGGAGAAUACAAAACACAGGUGCAGAGUCGUGGCCACCUGGGGUCUGUCUCAAAUACAUUGGCGGGGAUCAGUUUGGGCAUGUAAACACAGUUAUGGUGAACUCACUAGACCCCCAGGAAAUAUCAGAUGUGAGUGUGCAGAUGCGAAGUCCCACAGCUCCAGGCAUGUACCAGGGCCAGUGGAGGAUGUGCACAGCCACCGGAUUAUUCUAUGGAGAUGUAAUCUGGGUAAUUCUUAGUGUAGAAGUUGGAGGUCUCCUCGGCGUGACCCAGCAGCUGUCCUCCUUCGAGACAGAAUUCAAUACCCAACCCCAGCGCAAUGUGCAGGGAGACUUCAACCCCUUUGCCUCGCCACAGAAGAACAAGCACGACGCCAGUGACAACAGCUUCGCAGAUCCUGGCGGGGCGUGGGAACGCUCGCAAGAGCCAAUCCAGCAAGAUCAAAAUGGACAGUCUCAUAAUGCUGUAAAUAGGGCGUCGAAUGGUCUCCAAACCAAUCUUUCUGUGGUGACUUAUGGUCAGGGUAUUCAUGGACCAUAUCCAUUUGGACAGAGCUAGAAUGACAAAGAACCCCCUCCCUCCCUCCUCACAUCACACCGUGGUGGAUGAUGAGCUUAACACCCUGGGAGUCCUUAAAUGCAGAGGAGAGGGAGCGGGGGGAGAACUGUUGUUUUAUAUUGACUCGUGACAACCUUCUCCUCAACCCUGUGGUCCUUUCCACAGUAACACAAACUACAGUGAGGGGAUGGAUUACAUCCGCUACAGUGGAACGUCCCACCUGACAUCAACACCCGGAUUCGCAUGUGUGAAUGCUUCAUUUAAGAGUGCUAUAAAACCUUACAAAUAGAUACACACAAAUAUUUUUUAUUCCCACUGUAAAACACGGCUAAUUAAAGGGAAAAUCAACCCUGAACAACCAACAUACAAUUUAGUAUUCCCUUGGACAAAUGGAUACUUUGUUCCAGGGUUCCUACACAGGUCUUGACAUUUUGGAAAAAUUGCAGAGAAUAGACCAACAUUAAUGUGAUCAUUGAUAAUUGUGAGGCCUUGAAAAGUGUCCAAUCUGGUAUUAUUUCAAACAGCUUGUGAGCUGUUAAAAA